UUUUCUUAUUCCAACUCAAUUCAAACAACACGUAAAGCAACACAAAUAAAUUGACUAGCUAGUUCUUUACACCUUCCUUUCAAAUUCAACUUGACAAUGCAAUCAAAUGGCAAGGGGGCGGAACACUUUCAGUUCAUUGAGCGCACAGAUCGCAAGAGUUUGUACACACAGAUCGGUCUGCUUGUGACAAAGGCGCAGGAAAACGCUCGCGAAGAGCUCAACGAGCGAAGCAAGCGACUCAAGACACUGCUCGAUAAGGAGGAAAUGGUCUUCGAGAAGGAGUUCUCAAGCAAGGUGCGCAAUCGCCUCGAUGAGGAUAUACGCGAACGUCAAGAGCAGCUGCACGAAAUCAAGGAGCAGCGCGACAAGCGUCACAAGGAAUUUGUGCAGCAGAAGCGAGUGCAGCAGGUGAUGCUAAAUUGCUACGAAAUACGCGAAGCGAUGCGAGAGAAGGAGCAGCAGAACACCAAGAAAUGCCUUGAGGAGCAGAUGCGUGAGAAUCUGCGCAAGCAGCGACGUGAAUGUGAGCGAGAGCAGUAUUGGUUGGAGCUGGAGCAGCGACGCUGGAAGGAAUACGAUCGACAGCACUACUGUGAGAUGCGCAAACGUGAGCAGGUGCAGGAGCAGGUGAGCAAAGUGCUCAAGGUGCAGCUGGAGGAGCACGAAGAGAAGCGACAAAAAGAGCUCGAAGAGAAGCGACUCGACACCAUCAAGGUGGACAAGUUGAUCGAGGAGCUGCGCCUGGAAGAGUUCGAUAAGGGCCAUCAUCUGGGCACCUACGACAAGGAAAAGUAUCGCCUUGAGCUGCUCGAGGAGAUCAGGCGACGCAAGUGCCAGCAGCUGGCCGAGUGGGAGGCGGAUAAGCAAGAGCACGAAGAGUUUAUCAGAGAAACCCAGCGUCUCGAGGCGGAGGCCAGGGAACGCAUUCGCUUGGGCAAAGAGCAACUGCGUCGCGUGACGCUGGAAUACAUUGCGUAUGUGCGACGCAUGCGCAACUUGGAGCUGGGCAUCGAGAAGAUGAUGAACGAUCGCAUCGAUGAUCUGUACCACGUGGACAUCUGCUGCAAGAACAACAUUGCCGAGCAGGCGCGUCUGAAGGCUAAAGAGGCAGCCAAAUAUUAUAGUCUGCUCAAGAAACAGAUCUGCGAGGAGAUCGAGCGACGCAUGCGUGAUGAAGCCUAUCAGCGGGAGAACAAAAUGAUCGAGAAUCGCUUUGUGCAUCCGCCAGUCACACGUCAAAUGCAGCUGUGCCAGCAAACAAAGAAUCGUCUUGACCUCGAUGCCCAAAUCAUUGAAAUGAAACGCAUUCAAGCCGAGGAGGAAGCUCAGUUUGAACAGAAGUUGAUGAAAGCGGUUGAUGAUCCAGAGAUUUGCAUUCAACUCGCUGCUCAAUUCAUGGAAAAUGGCACCGAUUACUUGCCUGUGCAUCCCAAUUGGAAAAUCUUUGCUUGUCCCAAAAACAAAUACGUGGCCAAGGCGCCGAUGAAGCAAGAGGAGUUUGACAAACUCGUUGCCAAUGCCAGCUUAGACAAGUGUCCUUGUCCCGAUGCUGCUCGUCGAGAUUGCGACUACAUGGCGAAGCACGGCAAAGAUGAGCCGCCAGAAGCAGCUGCCCCCAAAAUAGUGGAAGUUGCACCUCGCGAUGCUGUGCCUACAAUCCAAAAGGAUGCAUUCAAAAGCUGUUACUGCAAGUAGAAAGCGCCUCUUGGAUUACGGGUUCACUUUACGAAGCGGAGAGCAGUUUAAAAUUUGACAAUUA